AUUUCACAUAAAAUAUAGAGGAAGUGUUCCAAUUAUUAUAGCACCAAUCAGUGGCGUGAUAGAACCAAAAACAAUGAAAUUGAUAAAAGUAGAGAUAUGUACCGAUGUACCCAAAAUACUUAAUCAACUAGCCACUGUGGAGUUGCAGGGAGUGCCCACUGCUGUGAUAAAGAUCAAAGCCAAUAUUGUGGAACAAGUUCUUGAGGUUUUAGGUGUGCCUCACUCAAAUACUAUCCAGUGUGUUAAUUUUGGAUAUGUUUACUUUGGAACCUCCAAGAUAGAGGAAGUUAUUCUUCACAAUAAAAGUCCAGAGCCUAUGGAUUGGGUGGCAGUCUUGAUGGAUAAUGCUGUUGGUGGAGAGAUGGGCACAGAUAUUAAGCAGAGUUCAAAUGCUGUUUUGAAAAAUUAUCCUUGCAAUCAAGGAACAGAUGUUUCAACUCUGAUUACUUGCAUUCCUAAUGAAGGAACACUACAACCUUAUCAGAAGACUGUGGUUUUUCUUUCUUUUAGUCCAAA